AUGUCGUUGCUUACCCUCAUCCUACCCGUUGCAGCACUUCUCCAACCUGCCCUCGCGGCAUCCGCCUACACUACUACCAACAACGAAGUCCCGAAAGAUAAUAAUGCCGACUGUAACUGUUACGUCGUCCAGUCGGGCGCCGAAUCAACAACGCCCUCGUACUUCCAAUACUAUCGCUUUUACGACUUCCGGAAUCUCGACAGCGCGAUGAACGAAUCUCCUCCACUUAUCAACGACACACAAACAGCAGGCACGUUGGACACAUGGCAGCCUGAAAUCUUCAACAGCGAUGCGUGGAACACAGACUGGAGCAUCCAAAACUGGAGCAAGCCCGCGACCGAUGACUUCCCGGUAAAAAUGGACAAUUCUCUCGCCAAUGUCUACAUCGGACAAGAAGACAAUACGUCCUGGCUGGCGCUCCGUACCGCACGCGGAAAAGACCUCCAGACAUCGGGCGAGAUUGAGAACAACCAGCGUAACCUCAUGCACGUCAGCAUGCGCAUGUACGGACGCGUUGUCGGCGAUCCGGGGGCCGUGGCGGGCUUCUUCACGUUCCACGACGAUGAUAACGAGUCGGAUAUUGAGGUGUUGACCAUGGACCCCAAGGACACAAUCCGCUACACAAACCAACCGUCCGUCGACAAAGAAGGCAACGGCAUCGAAAAAUCGUCACUAGCGCCUGAUAACCUCGCGUCUUGGAACGACUGGCAGACACACCGUAUUGACUGGCUGCCCAAGAACAGCUACUGGUACCUCAACGAUAAGCAGGUCGCUGCCAACACAUACUCUGUUCCCCGUAAGCAGAGCAAUUUGAUCCUGAACAUGUGGGGCGAUGGCGGAGAGUGGAGUGGAAACAUGACUCGGGGUCAUUCGGCGGAGUUCCACAUCCAGUGGAUCGAGAUGACAUUUAAUACGAGUGGAUCAUAUACUGGAGAUAAGGUCAGCAAGAGGGCGGACAAUGGCUGCAAGACGGUAUGCAAGAUCGAUGGGGUGAAGCAAGUCGGCACUCCGGAGAUCCAGAGCGCUGCUCCUGAUGUGGGUGUCUCUUGGGGGCUUUUGGUUGUUGUUGGAUUGGUCUCUAUGUUUGUUGGAUUUUGA